ACUUCGGGCAAACAAAGAUACUUCAAAGCCCCGCCUCCUUAUUAGUGUAAGAAAAAAAAAGAGUAAACACUUCAGUUGCGCGUAUUUGCGCUUUUAUCUGACACGACGCACACCCGGUGGGCUAUCUCAGGGGACAUGAUGUACAGAGGACAACACGACGGACAACGGUAACUGCGUAAUUAUGCAGAGGAACAGAAAGCGACACCGCUUUUGUUCUACAUGACCAAAAAAUGUCCAAUGACAGGAUAAAGAUCCUGGUGUUGUGCGCGCUUUCCUGGGGUUUAAUCGCGAACGCGGGGCAGAAUUUUGAAAGCAAAGUUAUUCAGUUGCUUCAUGAUGAGCAGGACAACAUUAAAUGCUUUUCUGAGACUCUGAAGGACUUCGCCUGUUUCUGGGAAGAGGAGAGGGAAAAUAGUUACAACCAACAACCAUUCACCUUCACAUACCAAUACCAGAAUGAGAACAGCAGUAAGUGUGCUGUGUCUGAACUGCCUAUACAUGGAGCUAGUGAUAAAAGACUGUUCCUCUGCAAUAUCCCCAAACCGUUCAGUUUCGUUACCCUCAAGCUCCGGGUGUUUCAGGGGGGAAGAGAACUUUUCAACCGCACCCUCACCACUGAACGUUCUAUUCUACUAGAUCCUCCUACUAACCUGACUGUGGUGAGCACAGGGAAACAAGGGGAACUGAUGGUGAGCUGGCUGCCUCCUGCUGUGAAGUACUUUGUUGACAGUCUGAUAUACGAAAUCAGAUAUGUGGCGAAAGGGAUUCCUAUGAGGAAGGAAAUAGUAACCAGCACAAAAUUCACCCUGCGUGGCCUUCAACCAAGCAGCAAAUACAAGGUGUUAGUCCGUGUCAAACCUGACGGCAUCAGCUAUGGAGGUUACUGGAGUGCUUGGUCAGAUCCUGAGUUUGGGACUACACCCCCAAGUGACCCCCUGAUUGUGGUACUAGUACUCAUCAUCUUUCUGAUCCUCAUCCUGCUGUCUAUCACUGUGCUUCUGUCCCACCACAAAUUCCUGCUAAAGAAACUGUGGCCUGACAUCCCUUCUCCUGAGCACAAAUUCCCAGGCCUCUUCACAGUCUACAAAGGAGACUUCAAGAAAUGGCUUGGCCACAGUAGCGGCAGCAGAUGGCCAGUUCAUGUGUACACAGAGGAGCUUCCUUCCUCUCUGGAGGUGCUGUCUGAAGUCAGUUUAGCCCCACCACUGACAAAUCACACAUCUCCCCUGAGGUUGGAAUCAACCCCUAGAACAGCUGACUUCCUGAGAGAAGAACCACAGAACAUAGAAGAAGCAGACAAUCAAUUUGUGAGACAGGAUGUGCAUACAGGUUUCACUGACAGAUGGCAAGAACCUCCACACAGCCACUGGUUGAUGGAGCAGCUGAAGGCUUCUCAGGGGCAUCCAGAGAUCCUUUCCCAUUCAUCACUACUUGAGUCACAAGACACCUAUGUCACCCUCAACCAGAACUCCCAGCGUGCCCGGGCAGAUGUGCAAAGGGAUGAUAGCUUUGAGGAGUCAUUGCCCCUGCAGGUCCUGUUUGCUAGCAAUGGGUCCUCCUUGAUGGCUUCAGAUUCUGACAUCGGCUCCCUCCCGCAAAGUUCCGGCUCAGGAACACUUUCAUCACAGUCAAGCCUUGAAUUUUCAAACAACACAUGGCCUCCCAAAGGGCCAGGAUAUACCUACAUGGCUGUGGCAGACUCAGGAGUCUCCAUGGACUACAGUCCAAUGAGCUUCAGCAGAAUAACAGACAUGGGGAAUGGCACUGUCUAUGCCAACGAGUACAAAAAUGAUAUUCCUGGACACAAGCGACCACUCGCUGGUCAACCCAUCCAGUAUGGAUAUUGAUCAAAAAUCUUUCAAAAUCAAUGUUGAAAUACUUGCUUUUGGGAGUCAUGCAAAACACUGGAUUUUUAUCUGCCUAAGGAGAUAAUGGAGUUUGAACCAGGAUGUCUUCACCUCUUCCUUCUCAAACUUUCAGAAUGACAAUGCAACAAUUGUGGAAUGUACCUGGAUACAGACAGUCACACCUGGAUUAAUAAUAAAUAAGCUAACUUUCUCUUCAGUACUACAGGUUUUUGUUAGCUCUGGCAGCAGUUAAAGUUUUAACUAUUUUUUUUUACAGAACACCAAAUACUACCUGUAGCCUAAAAAAGAUUAUAAUUGUUGUAAUUAGUGGCUGGUUUCCAACUCCUAUAUGUUCUUUUGGAGUUUAUAUGACUGUGUGUCCAUCCAUUUUGUGUCUUGAAAGGGUUGUAAUAGUAAAAUCUGUUGUAAAAUAUGUAGAUACGUUUUUAACUGCCAUUAAAUGGGUGGUAAAUGGAGAAAAAUAGUACGAUUUUGAAAUAGAUCACGUGCCAUCAUUUUUUUCAGUUACAAAUACCAAAGCAACGGUGUCAUCUAAAAAUCUUCCAAUCAGUUGAAUCGUUGGAGCCAGAAGUUUUAAUAUUGUGCUUUCCAUAAAUUUGCAAUAGGUAUGGUGCAGAAUACAGGUAUUAUUCAUCUUUACUGGUACCAAAGAAAGUUUACAAGAGCAGCUGAAACAUCACUAAAUACCACAAACUUACUUAUUUGCGUAUUGGAUCCUUCAGACUACAAAUUCCAGACGAAACUGGGAAGAAAAAGGAACAAAAGCGAUCUUUGAAGCAUCACAUAUUUUGUGUAUCAUACACUAUUUAUGCCAUAAAUGUCAUGUAAGUAAAUAAAUAUAUUCCUACAGUUACAGUUCAAGUCACUUUUAUUAAAAUUAGUAUUUGCAACCUUACAAACUACAUGACGAGUCUGAAAAAUGUUGUAGUGGUUCUUGUCAAACAAUAUCAUUCUAUAGAUUCAUUAGAACCUACUGUAAAUACUACUGUAGCACCCACUCAUCUGGUAUGUUUCUGAAAUAAACAGUCUAUAUUGUCAUUCAUUGUAGACGGCAAAAACUACACGUGAAGAAUUAUUGAUUUUGAAGCUUUUUUGGGAUCUUUUGCCAGUCUAAUGCAUUUGUGUAAUAAAAGAGCAUUCAUGAAAUUGUAUAUGUUAACCUUGCCUUUAGAAACUCUUUCAAAAAAAAAAAGAAGCCCUUUGUGAAAUUAUGUUUUGAAACUGUUAAAUGUAAGCAACCCUAUAUUUUCAUACAAAAUAAAAAAAAACUCUGUUCUUAAA